GCCUAGUUAAAACAAAUUAUAAGCUCAACAAGUGACGAUGCGGUCUCCUAAGUGACAGAUUCUAAACCAUUCGUCAUUGAUGUUGACACCUGGACGCGAAAUUACGAAAGAUAAAUCUAAUCUUAUCAGCGUGCUAAUAAAGAAUCAACGCGGUUUUUAGCGUGAAAAAUCAACAUAUGAAUCAGACGAAAGUGGGUGAAGUGACGAAAUAGAACAAUUGACUGAGUAGAGUUGCUUUAUUGAAAAAGUCCACAUCGUUGUUAGAGCCAGUUUUGUGAGUUCGUAAGAUUCUCUUAUCAAACCUUCCAUCGAAUGGAAAGCCAAUAUGUAGCCAAUCAAGACAAGAAUGAUAUUGCAAAACGAAUAUCUAGUGCCAUUCUUCCUUGUUAGUCUACUUAACGCAGUUCUAUCUCAAGAUGUUACUGAAAUCAAGAAGUACGGUUGUCGAUGGUAUGGAGGCUCUUCUGCUAGAUUGGUUUGUGACUGUCAAGAAGGCAUCGAGAUGACCAUCGGAGCCAAGUCCAUCCCAGCCUUCGACACGACCGAAGUCCAAAUAAGCAGAUGCAAAGUACUGAGGUUCGAGGAAAACUCCGUAAUGGAAAUGAAAAACCUGAGAACUCUCAACCUGACCGAUAUAGCAUCGAUUGUCUUCGACACCAGAAGCCUAAACUGGUACGGCUUCAGAGAGGAAAACGCGCAGGACGAACGCUUUGACGUCACCGUACCUUCGCUAAGGAUAUACAUAUACAACAGCAACGUCUCGCUCAUUUCCAGCCACGCCUUCGCCGGAAGAAUCAACGAGAUAGUUUUCGACGGCGCGAUUAUAGAAAAAAUACAACCGUUCGCCUUCAGCAACCUUCUGCAAACCGAACGCAUCACGAUCAGGAACUCGGAGAUCAAAGACAUCGAGGUGCAAGCUUUCAAAAGGUUCUCGACCGAGUAUUUGGAUCUAGAUGGCGUUACUGCGCCACUCGUGCCUAGUCGAGCUUUCGCCAACGUGACGGUUUACCAAAAUAUGACCUUGGAACACUGCGUGUUCGACACCGUACGUCCCGGGGGCUUCGUAAUCAACGACCCCAAAGCGUUCCAGGUGACCAACUCGAACAUCAGCCAGUUGAACGGGGAGGCUUUCAAAGUCUCCUCGAGAGGAACGGUGAUCUUCCGCGGCAAUUUCUUCGGAGAGGUUCACGACGGCGCGUUCGGAGGGAUAAAGUUGAGGCGAGAUUUUUCUUCGGGUGACUCACUCUUCAUUUUCGACUACAACACGUUCUCGAAAUUGACUAGGUACUCUUUGACCGUAGAACCCAGUGCGCGGUUCAGGAACAUGUACAUGAGCCAACCUUGCGAAUGCGCAGACUUGGACCGCAAAAUAAAAGAGAAUGCUUUCUUCGGCGACAUGAAUUGUUUACACGAAAACCAGUACGUGGCCGUUAAGGAAUUCAGAGCAGGAAUGUGUUCCGUCGUUAACAAUUAUUACAUCACUAUUAUUAUAGUUUGUGUCGUUGCCGUGGCGCUAGUAGUCGUUCUCACCGUAUUGGUAUUGUACUACAAACAUGUGUACAGGAGCAGGAAGUACGGCAAAGGAGAACGCGGAAAAGGCGGCAACUUGAGUUUGAUCGUUCCAGACGGACGGACGUACAGAGAGACGGAGCUGCACGUCAUCGUAGAAAAGACUGAUCUCCUUACCACUGAUUUGUAAUGCACAUGUUAUUUGUUGUAAACUUAUUGUUGAUAUAUAUGUCGGAUGGAGCCUAUCUAACAUAUAUUUAUAGAGCCAUGAUAACAGUAUUAGAAUGAAUCGAGUCAGAGUUUGUUUUCAAUGAAAUUGUUCAUAUUUAUAAUCAAUAUUCUUGUGAAACAUGUUGAAAAUUUUCAAUAUUCAAGUGAAUGUUCAUUCUCCAGAAAUAUAAAAUGGACGAUAA